UAAAUCUUCUUCUCCGAUCAAUUAAAUUCCGAAUCUUUGUUUCUUUCAAGCCCUAAUUCGGUCGGCGGCGGAAGAAAUCAGAAAUGGGAGCGAGCAGCGAUCCGAACCAGCAAGAUGGCUCCGACGAACAGCAGAGACGCUCCGAGAUCUACACCUACGAGGCUCCAUGGCACAUAUACGCUAUGAAUUGGAGUGUUCGCAAGGAUAAGAAGUACCGUCUCGCCAUCGCUAGCUUGCUUGAGCAGUACCCGAACCGAGUUGAGAUUGUGCAGCUUGAUGACUCCAAUGGUGAGAUUCGGUCCGACCCGAAACUCUCAUUUGAGCACCCCUAUCCGCCUACUAAAGUUAUCUUCAUACCUGAUAAGGAGUGCCAGAAGCCGGACCUUAUCGCUACAUCCAGUGAUUAUCUUCGGAUUUGGCGGGUCGCUAGUGAUAAUAGUCGGGUUGAAAUCAAGAGCCUACUUAAUAACAACCGGAACAGUGAGUUUUCCGGCCCGUUAACCUCAUUUGACUGGAAUGAAGCUGAGCCGAGGCGAAUUGGUACGUCGAGCAUCGAUACUACCUGCACUAUAUGGGAUAUUGAGAGGGAGACUGUGGAUACCCAGCUAAUUGCUCAUGACAAGGAGGUUUACGAUAUUGCUUGGGGUGGUGUUGGAGUUUUUGCUUCUGUUUCAGCUGAUGGCUCCGUUAGGGUUUUUGAUCUUCGUGAUAAGGAGCAUUCUACGAUAAUCUAUGAGAGUUCCGAGCCGGAUACCCCUCUUGUACGCCUUGGAUGGAACAAGCAGGAUCCUAGGUACAUGGCCACCAUAAUAAUGGACAGUGCAAAGGUUGUAGUUUUGGACAUUCGUUUCCCUACACUUCCCGUGGUGGAACUACAGAGGCACCAGGCUAGUGUGAAUGCCAUUGCCUGGGCUCCUCACAGCUCUUGCCACAUUUGUACUGCUGGCGACGACUCCCAGGCGCUUAUUUGGGAUCUCUCUUCUAUGGGUCAGCCAAUAGAAGGUGGAUUGGAUCCAAUUCUGGCUUAUACUGCAGGUGCGGAAAUCGAGCAGCUUCAGUGGUCCUCAUCCCAGCCUGAUUGGGUUGCCAUUGCCUUCUCCAACAAGCUUCAGAUUCUAAGGGUGUGAAUUAGCUAUUCUCGCUCGCACUUCAAGCAGCUGCCCAAUGAAUCAGAACAUGCGAUACAAUGGAAUAAAGCAGAUUCAGAAAUGGUUUGGUAUCUUAUGAUGUGCUGGAUUAAUGUGGGAGGUAAUGUUAGUCAGAAGAAGUGGUGGAGAACACCCCAGCAUGCAUAUGGUGGACUGUGUGGAAGAAAAUGAAGGUUAGGUGUUUUGAAGAUUGAAGCAGUUCCAUCCAGAGAAUGAAAAUGAAUUGUAUUUUGUUAUUUUAACUUUGAUGUGAAGAAAACAGUGGUGAGGAAACUAAAACUCUUAUUAGAAUUAUUAGGAUUCUUGUAAGAGAACAAGGCCACACUUCUGCUUUCAUUUGUAAUUAUAAAUAUGACUCCAACACAGCCUUUGUGCUGAUGGUUAGUA